AUGAUUAAAUUUAAAGUACCAACAAAUUCACAUUCAUUCUUUUCACGUUAUUAUUCAGAUGAUAUAAUUAUUCCAGAACAAUUACCAGAUCAAUUGAAAGGAGUUUUAUCAUUUAAACAAUAUAAAAGAAUUGUCACAGAUUGUAGACAUAUUAUUAAUAAAACUAGUGAAGCUUAUAAAUCCAUUAUAGUUACAGUAGUUGUGGCAAGCUUAAUUUCUUUGCUCUAUAUUAAUAUUUAUAAUGAUAGAAAAUUAUUGAUUUUAUUAACAAUAGCCGUUUUAUUUAUUUUAUUCACUGGUUUCUCUUUUGCUGCAAUGCUUUUAAAGUCUGUCCAACCUCAAUUGGACCAAAAAAUUGAACAAUUAAAUUCUGAAUAUAGCGCAAAAGGAAUCAUUCUUGAAAAGAAGACCAAGCAAUAUUUCGAUAGUCUCACUCAAAAUUUCUUGUCAGAUAAAAUUUCAAGAUUCACCUAUAUUUAUAUUCACUACAACUCAAAUAACACAACUAAUGGAAUGCUAAACUCUUCUGAAGAGCAAUCAACUUCUUCAAAUGUUGAUAACAAUAGUGAAAUCAUCGAAGAGGCUUCUCCAUCUCAAGAUUAUUCAAUCGAUGAAAAGGAAUUACUCAAUCUUUCAAAUGAAUCUCAUAGUAACUGUGGUACCGAUGAAAAUUGUAGUGAUGUUGAUGAAAAUAAUCAAAAUAAUAAUUUCGAUGAUGAUAAUAAUAAUAAUGGUGGUGGUAGUAGUGGCAAUUACCAAGGUAUUCAAAUGAAAACUAUUCUCAUCACUAGUAAAAGUAAGGAAAACCUUGUAAUUGAUGAUAAAACAUCUUUAAUUCAUAAUAAUUUGAACGAUUAUGAAGAAGAAGAUCAAGAAGAACAAGAUCUAAAAAAUUAUGACCAUGAUAAUUAA